GCAGUUUUGUUUUGCGCUACAUCUUGACAUCAUGCUGAAGUCCGGUUUGAUUUUGUUAAAUUUAUUUGCCGCCAUUCAAGGCAGGGUAAUCGAAAAUGAUAACACCCGUAUUGUGAAUGGAGAAAAUGUCAGCCUUGGCGAAAUCCCUUACCAGGUAUCUUUACAACGAAAAGUAGAUAACUUUCACUUCUGUGGUGGAUCUGUUCUGAAUAAAAACUACAUCAUCACAGCAGCCCAUUGUGUUUCCGGUACUAAUCCCGAAACUAUCCAAGUCAUUGUCGGCACUCUCAACUUAGAUGACCCACAAGCAGUUUACUUUGCAUCAAAAAUAACCGUGCACGAAGCUUAUUCGCCUUCUAAUUCAUACAAAAACGACAUUGCCUUGAUCAAGGUUCAAUCUCCAAUCAAAUUCAGCAAGACAGUAUCCACUGUUAUUUUACCGAAAGCUAACGCUGUCAUUGAUGCUGAUAAGCAUGCUGUGGUUUCUGGCUAUGGUCAUUUAUACCAAAAUGGCCCUACACCAAAAGAUUUGCAAAAAGUUGGAGUAUUGAUAGCUGACCAACAAUACUGCAACAAUGUUUACACGAAGUUGGGCGAAAAAGUUCACGAGACUCACAUUUGUGCUCAUGAUCCCGUCGUCGAACAUGGAUCGUGCCAGGGAGACUCUGGUGGUCCUCUGACUGUUGAUGGAGUUUUGGUUGGACUUGUUUCUUGGGCUCUUGGCUGUGCUCAAGUCAACUACCCUACAGUUUUCACAAGGGUCUCUGAAUACAUCGAUUGGAUCGAAAGGAACAGUCAAUAAGUGUACAGUUAAUAUUUUGCGAAGGUUCAUUUCAACUUGGCCAGUGAUUUUUAUGAAUAUUAAAUCACUGUCUGUCACAUUUUUUACCACACCUUUUUACAAUCAUCAACAAACAAAAUUAAUAAGGCGCCUCUUAACCAAUCUAAAAUGUUUUUAUCCCUAUUUAUCUAUAUCAGCACCUUUAUCAUAUGGGUAUGUCAAAUAAAGUGAGAGCCAUUAACACGUGUCAGAUCGAACAUGUAUUUGUGACACACAUUCACCACAAACAUAGUUUCAAGAAUAAAUGAGACAUUGAGUUUGGUGCAUAAAAUCUAAGAAAUGAUAAUAUAUUCUGCUAACGUUGAGAUUAUAUUUCUGUGAUUAAAUCUAGAGCAAAAGCAAAGCUCUUUAUUUACUUGCAAAAAAAAAAUAAAUAAAUAAAUAAAUAAAAAUAACACCUGAAUUGU